GCUUAUAAAGGGAGAAUCAUUUCUUCGAUUGACAUAGACAUCGAGUCAUUGCAACAUUGACCAUCUUUGAAUUUUUCAAGUCACAACUCUAACAUCAAACAGCUAAAAUGAUCCGAACCAUCGCCAUCUUUGCUUUGUGUAUUGCUUAUGUUCAAGCAAGAAAUACUUCCUUCACCAAUUGCUCACCAAACGGAAAGAUCUACAAUGUUAAUGUCGUGCCUUGUGACACUGAUCCAUGCAAAAUUCAAUCAGGAGAAGUAGUCAGCAUAACUGGUUCAUUCGUUAGCAGCAUUGCUGCUUCCAGUCCACUUUUAACUGCCGAAGCUAGAAUUGGUAAUACUUGGAUUCAAUAUCCUGGUAUUGAUACUGAUGGAUGUAAAUACUUCAACUGUCCUCUUGAAGUUGAUGUGGUCUAUCCUUACGGCAUUAGUUUGGAGGUUAUCGACUUUCCUCAAUCGAUUGAUACUGUAUUCCGAUUCCGUUUGCUAAGCAAUGAUGGAUCCACUUUACUUGUUUGUGGUGAAACUCCUAUUACCGUUAUUGCAGCAUAAAUUAUGCAUUUCAUGAAACCGCGGUUCCAAUGUCUUCCUAAUAAACUAAUUGAUUAUUGAUUGCAA